AUGCUGGAUAACGAGAAGGUAGGAGCAAUUAUUGAAAGUGGCUCCAUUGAUCUCGAGGUUGAGAGUCAAAGGAAAAGCCAUGACUACACUGAUGACGUAGAUGUAGCGAUGAAGUACGCAAUUAUCAACAAGGAGGGACACAUUGAGCUUGACGAGGUUAGUGCUAAACGUAUCUUGCGUAAAAUAGACACUUUCCUUCUUCCAGUAUUAUGCUUGUUAUAUUGUUUCCAAUUUAUGGAUAAACUUUCCAACGCAUAUGCAUCCGUUUUGGGGUUAAGAACCGAUUUGAAAAUGACGGGUGAUAAGUAUUCCUGGUCUGGUACUGCAUUCUAUAUCGGAUACCUAUUCUUUGAGUUCCCUGCUUCCUAUUUACUUCAACGUUUCCCCGUAGCAAAGACUGCGGCGGCAUUCAUUAUCACUUGGGGCGUCAUUUUGUGCUUACAUUCUGUUCCUCAAUAUGCUGGGUUUAUCACCUUGAGAACAAUUUUGGGGAUGCUUGAAUCGUCGGUGACCCCUGCAUUCACCAUUAUCACUGCUCAAUGGUACACCCAAGAUGAACAAUUUUUGAGAGUUGCCUGUUGGUUUGCCUGUAAUGGGUUCGGUACAAUUUUAGGAGGUGCCAUUUCGUAUGGAUUGGCAGUCAACCAAGAUCUGUUCUCAAUUACAGCGUGGAAACUUAUCUUUAUUGUCACAGGAUCCUUGACUAUAGCCUUGGGAUUUGUCAUAGGUCUUCAUGUCCCAGACACUCCAGCUCAAGCUUGGUUUUUGACUAAUGAGGAAAAGUCCCUUGUCGUGGAACGUAUCAGAACCAAUCAACAAGGUUUCGGUAAUAGACAUUUCAAGAAAUAUCAAUUUAUCGAAGCCAUCAAGGACUACAAGACAUGGCUCAUUUUCAUCUUUGGACUUUCAAGUAAUAUCCCCAAUGGUGGUAUGACCAAUUUUGGGAACAUUUUAUUGACUUCAGAUUUGGGAUAUACCGCAAAGCAAUCACUUUUAAUGCAAAUGCCCUCAGGAGCAGUGGAAAUUGUUGGUUGUAUCGGACUUGCGUAUAUCUCAACAUUUGUACACUCUCGUAUGCUUAUAGCCACAACUGCUGAAACCAUUACAGUCAUUGCCCAAUGUUUCCUUGCGUUUGGUAGCCUGACACAACUAAAAAUGGCAGGUUACAGUUUGAGUAGUAUUGGUGCUACUGGGUUUAUCUGUGUGAUCUCUGUAGUGGCUUCCAAUGUUGCGGGCCACACCAAGAAAGUUACUACCAAUGCAAUUUAUUUGAUAGGUUAUUGUGUAGGGAACUUGAUUGGACCGCAAACUUUUAGACAGAAUGAAGCACCGGUGUACCAAGGGGCCAAGACUGCAAUUGUGGUAUGUCAAAUUAUUGCUUUGACAGCUCUCGGUGCAAUCUGGUACGCCUACAUCUGGGAAAAUAAGAAGAAGGAAAAAGCUAAUCCGGACGAUUUCCCCACGUUUGAUAACCAGGAAUUCGCCGAUUUAACCGACACGGAAAACAUAAACUUCAGAUACCGAACUUAG